AUGGGGUUUUUUUCAAAGAAAAAGGAUGAAAAACCAGUGGCCAGACCACAUAAUCCUAUCGCUGAUAAGCCUAAGCGUAUGGAUGAGCAUAUUGAAGAUGUUGGUGAUGGUGGUCAAAUUAAUAAAGAACAACAGGAAUUAUUACGUCGUACUUCAAAACUCCCCGGUAAAAUUCAUACCGAUGGUAGAAGAGUCUUGACUGAACGAGACUGUUUUGAUAAAUUAGGUUAUUCUUUUUCCACAAGAAGAAAAUGGACUAUUUUAUCCGUUAUUUUUGCAGUUCAAGUUUCGAUGAACUUUAAUACCUCGGUUUAUCCAAAUGCAAUUGUCCCAAUUUCUGAACAUUUUGGCAUUAGUGAACAAGCUGCUCGUUGUUCCCAAAUGAUUUUUUUGGUUGCUUAUGCUUUUGGUUGUGAAUUAUGGGCUCCUUGGUCCGAAGAAUGGGGUCGUUUCUGGAUUAUGCAAGCUUCAUUGUUUUUCGUUAAUAUUUGGCAGAUUGUCGGUGGGACCGCUACUAACUUUGGUUCAAUCAUGGUUGCUCGUUUCCUUGGUGGUUUAUCUUCAGCUGGUGGUUCGGUCACUUUGGGGAUGACUGCUGAUUUAUACGAUGCAAACACCCAAAAUUUCGCCGUUUGUUAUAUCGUUUUGUCCUCGGUGGGUGGGUCAAGUAUUGGUCCGGUGUUUGGUGGUUUAAUGCAAGAUCAUUUAUCCUGGAGAUGGAAUUUCUGGAUUCAAUUGAUUUUUGGUGGAGUGGUACAGAUUGCCCAUUUCUUUUUGGUUUCAGAAACUAGAUCAACGGUUUUAAUAGAUCGUGAAGCUAAACGUAGAAGAAAAACUGGUGAAGAUCCAGAAAUUUAUGGUCCUGGUGAAGUGGCCGAUCCUUUAACUUUUUCUCAUGUUAUGAAAAUUUGGAUUCGUCCUUUCGAAAUGUUUUUACGUGAACCAAUUGUCUUGUGUCUUUCUCUUCUUUCUGGGUUUUCCGAUGCUUUGAUUUUCGUUUGUAUGGAAUCUUUCACUUUGGUUUAUGAACAAUGGGGGUUUUCCGCCACCGCUUGUGGUCUUGCUUUUCUUCCGGUCAUUAUUGGAUACUUCAUCGCUUAUGGUAUUCAUUUACCGGACUGUUAUCGUCAACGUCAAAUUUUCACCCAACACGGUGAAGAAGCUAGGUUGGCUGAACGUCGUCUUUUACUUCUUUUAUUUUUGGCUCCUUUAGAAGCUAUUGGUUUAUUUGGUUUUGCUUGGACUUCAAUGGGUCCUUCUCAUAAUCCUUGGAUUGCUCCAAUGAUUUUUAGUUGUUUAAUUGCAAUUGCUAAUUUUAGUAUUUACAUGUCUACCAUUGAUUAUAUGAUUGCAGCUUAUGGUCCUUAUUCUGCUUCUGCUACUGGUGGUAACGGUUUUGCUCGUGAUUUCUUGGCUGGUAUCUCUGCUAUGUAUGCCGGUCCAAUGUAUACUAACAUUGGUGGAAAAUUACAUUUACAAUGGGCUAGUACUCUUCUUGGAUGUUUGGCUAUAAUUGUGGCUAUUCCAAUUUACAUUUUCUAUUGGAAAGGUCCAGUUAUUAGACAAAGAAGUAAAUUUGCCCAAACUUUGGCUGCAGAUCGUAAAAUUUUAAUAUACAUAUACAUUGGUUAA